AGACAGAAACUACAGAGCUAGUCUCUUCUACAAACACCCCAACUCUCCCUUUAGCCGAAACCACUAAAUCUACCUUCACAGAAACAAAUGACAUACACCUACCUCAUAGCGAUAUCACCCUUCCACUAGAUAACCCAACACCAAUGGAUACAAACGAGCACUCUUAUGAGUAG